AUGCACUGCAACAGCGGCCUACAACUGCUAGUGUUUCUGGUAUCUUUAAUUGUUACUCAUUCAGAAGCCGCGUCGACAAACCCGAUCAAGGAAACAACAUGGAAAGCGGCAUGUGCAGUAGCAGUAGACUUACAGAAGGUCCAGAAAAGAGCGGCGCAGAUGGUGAAAAACAAGAUCACCGGGACAGCCAACUAUCUAACGCAAGCCUACAAAACCAAAAUAUACAUUGAAGUGAAGAGAUCCGGUAAGUACCGUAAAGUCGAUCUAGCACUCGUUGAAUACUACAUGCGAAAAGCAAACCUGGCUUUACAGGAGGCAACCGGCAGCACGCUAACCAAAGGUGCAACUGCAAUAGCAAACGCCGCCAAGUUUGAAGGCGCGAUACAAGAAUUCGUAAACAUGGCCAAUCAAAUCGCAGAAGACGGGACACAUGCCUGUCUCAUCGACGGAGGCGAUGUGCGCAAAAGAUCCGGAGGGUCGCCGAAGCCAAUGACGGAGGAAGGCUGCGCCGCAAAAGCAAGCGCCAUAGAACCAUCGCUCGCGACGACAACUCAGUUCGGCCCAAACGGCAUAACAAAUAGCCACCUAGCUGGGACCGACGAUGCAACAACGACACAGGGCGGCGCAAGCUGCACACUAACAGAAACAAAAGCUAGCAGCCAUCUCAUCAACACAAACACAGGCGGCAAUCUCGGAGGAGACGUCGUUUUUGCAGGUGGCCUGUUCAAGCUUGGCACAACUUUCAACAACAACCACGCCGACGCCAUAACAACAGCUUCGGCACAGCAUGCAACCAUGAAAGCAGGACACGACGCUUAUCUCGCAACAAAGGACGUCAGCGAAGGAUAUGCCUUCAAAGGCCCGACACAGCUUGCAGGCGACGACGACUUCAAGAAUGCCUACAGACGACAGGUACUAGGCGACAGCAAGCUCGAAAGGCCAGAUGCGCCGGUCGAAGCAAAUGCGGUACAAUCAGCCUUUGGCUCCAAAAUGGAAACCGAAUACAAGGACUUCCCGGACACAAAAGUAAUCGAUUUAACCGGAAAAGAAAGCGAGGGUAAAGAGUUGAGCACCAUCAACGAUUUAGAUGAGCUGGAUAAGCUCCUCAGGCACUAUCAACAAGCUCGAGUUACGAGCCUAAAUAAGGAAAUAACAAACCUAAAGAAGCAGCUAAAAAACCUUGGUGCUAAAGCUGACGGUAAGAGUCCAGAACAAAUUUGCAACGACAUAGGGGAAAACAAAACCAAGUGUGGCGAAACGGCAGGGUGCCAUUUUGUCGAUACAAAUGAGAAAGGGAAAAAGUGUACCUUAACGAAAGAAGCCGCAGCAAAAGCAGCAGCAAAACAAGAAACAGGGAAAUAUUCGAAAACAGAGUCACCGUGCACAGGUAAAGGAGAGAAAGAUUGCAAAGAUGGUUGA